AUGUUGUGGUGAUUUCAGGUGGUUGUCAGGUGACGCUGUUGGUAAACGUAAAAACGCAGAAGAAAUGUCAGAGAAAGAGAAACUUGACGUGGAGGUGCAAAGUGCUGGACUUCAAUACUGCGACCCUCCUACUCCUUAA